AUGGCGGCAGAAACCCCCACUGGUGAUGUUAUCACCAUCGGCAUAGACUUCGGGACAACAUACUCGGGAAUAGCUUGGGCUUCUUCCAGAGAACCCGAAAACAUCCAAGUUGUCACGGGCUGGAAAACAGAGCUCAACCAUCGCUCACCCGCUAAAAAGGUACCAACCCAAUUGUUUUACAGCAGUGGCAGCGACACCUCCUGGGGCUAUUCUGUACCUGCCGAUAAGGAUGCCCUGAAGUGGUUCAAGCUUCUUCUCAUCGAUGAAAAGGACAUACCUGCUAAAAUAACCAAUUCUUCUCAAUUUCAACAUUCCAGAGAACUCUUGGAGACCAUGAAGAAGGGCCCCAUCGAUGCUAUCGGGUGUUUCUUGAGUAAGAUCUGGAGCCACGCAAUGGAUUCCAUUGAGUCCAAGCUUGGGAAGGAGCUGGUGCGGAAUUCUGAAUUCCAAGUAGUGGUUACACUACCCGCCAUCUGGUCUCCCUACGCACGGUAUCGUAUGGAGAAGGCUGUUGAAGUUUCCAGGAUUCGCAGUCCUAGACCCUGCGGUAACACUACCGUUUGCUUCAUCUCCGAGCCGCAAGCAGCAGCGCUGGCUACCAUGCAGGACUUUCGGGAUACGUCAACUGUGAAGGCAGGAGACACUAUGGUUAUUUGUGACGCUGGAGGUGGCACAGUCGAUCUCAUCAGCUGUGUGGUUGAAUCUACCUAUCCAUUUGUCGUCAAAAAAUGGGAUGGAAGUGAAGGCAAGUUGUGUGGAGGCGUGUUUCUUGACGAAGAGUUCCUGGAGCUCAUCAAAGGAAAAGUCACCCCAGGCUCAUGGCCAAGCGUGAGUAUUGCAGAACAGAAAAUGUUUCUCAACAAUGAGUGGGAGCAUGGAAUCAAGCCACAAUUCUCGAACCAGAACCGGACUUGGCAAGUUGACCUGCCUGACAGCUGCAGCGGUCCGACAUCCGGCGGGAAUAUGAAGCGACGAAAGGCAAUUGACCUUAGUUCGGACGAAAUAUGGUCUGUCUACAACCCCAUUAUCAACAAGAUCGAGGCACUUGUCAGUCGUCGAAUCAGCAAGAUCGAGGCACUUAUCGGUCAUCAGAUCAAUGCCGUUCAAAAGAAAUGUCGCAGACCAGCCAUUUACAUCGUCCUUGUUGGAGGAUUCGGCCGCAGUCCCUACCUCUUCAGCCGACUGAAGACGACAUUUAACGCGACGGUCCUACGAUCCAAAGGGGACAAACCCUGGACGGCAAUUUGCCGCGGUGCUGUCAUUUAUGGCAUCAAUGGCCACGGCCCUGAAGCGAGUCUUGGACCAGAGAUUGACACCCGAGUUGCUCUGAGAAGCUACGGAGUAUUGUCAGACACCCUAUUUCGACCGGACGAGCAUAUUGGAUGCGAGAAGUACUGGUCAGAGGAUGACCAAGUGUGGAAAGUCCACAAAAUGGAAUGGUUUAUACGCGAGGGAGAACCUUUGUUGACCAAAAAAACGCGUCAAAAAGACUUUUUGCGACUGUGCUCUGGAGGUAUUGAUAAAAUGCAGAAUUUUAUCUAUAGUUGCACUGAGUCUCAGCCGCCCAAGGUAUGGGAUUCAAGUAUGGAACCGCUGUGUGAGAUCCAAUGGACAGGCGACAUCAACAUCGAGUCGUUCCCAACGCAGACCACCCCUCUUGGGAAAGUCCUUCGCAAGGUUGUAUAUGUCAUCGAAAUGAAUUAUGAGGAUGGAUGGGCGGACUUCACUAUCUAUUCCCAGGGUAUGCGCGUUGGUGCCCACCAUGUCAAUGUCGAGUUACGUUAA